AUUUGCAAGCUGGCUUUGGAGGGAAUCGCACUCUCACACAGACGAACACAUUCUGAAAGACGCUGAGGGUAUCCGUGGGGAGCCACUGAAGAGCCCAGUCGCUUAGUGUGGGGGGGGGGAAAGACCACAAACAGCCGCCAAGAUGUGUGACAUGGGGGGACUGGAUAACCUGGUGGCCAACACGGCCUACCUGAAAGCCCAGGGUGGUGACGACAAGGAGAUGAAAAAGCGCCGCCGCAGCUUGGCUCUACCCAAGGCCGAGCAGUGCGCUGCGGUACGGGCUUCCCUUGAGAAGGAUUUUACAUCACUUUGUGAAAGGCAGCCUAUCGGGAAAAAGUUUUUCCGUGACUUCCUGGCAAAUAAUGCUGACUUCAAGCUCGCUGUCGAUUUCCUCGAUGAGCUGUAUGAUUGGGAUCUGGCCGAAGGCGCAGAGAAAGAAAAGGCCAAGAAGAACAUCAUGAGCACAUACUGCAAGGCCGACUCCAAGACAUUCCUGUCCUUUCUCACUGGGGAGGCGCUGGAAAAAUGCAAGACUGUGACAGAUGCAAACUUUGAUGAGGUGAUGAAAUGCAAAGUCCAAGAAGGUGUAAGAGAAUAUCUGAAAGACAAACCCUUCUCAGAUUAUCAGGCCAGUCCAUUCUUUGAUAAAUUCCUUCAGUGGAAAGAGUAUGAGAAACAGACCAUCACUGACAAAUACUUCUAUGAGUUCAGAACACUUGGAAAAGGAGGCUUCGGAGAGGUUUGCGCUGUUCAGGUGAAGAACACAGGCCAGAUGUAUGCCUGCAAGAAGCUGUGUAAAAAGCGACUGAAGAAGAAGGGGGGUGAAAAGAUGGCCCUUUUGGAGAAGCAGAUCUUGGAGAAGGUUAACAGCCUGUUUCUGGUCAACCUGGGCUAUGCAUACAGUACCAAGACCCACCUGUGCCUUGUGAUGACCCUUAUGAAUGGAGGAGACCUCAGGUACCACAUUUACAAUAUCGGCUAUGAUGGCAAAGGGGCGAACAAAGGCAUUGAGAUGAGCCGCAUCAUCCACUACACAGCGCAGAUCACCACGGGCCUUCUGCACCUGCACGAAAUGAAUAUUGUGUACCGCGACAUGAAGCCGGAGAACGUGUUGCUGGAUAGCUUUGGCCAGUGCCGUCUUUCAGACUUGGGUCUGGCCAUAGAGCUUCCUCCUGGGAAGCAUGUCACCCAGAUGGCUGGUACUGGAGCAUACAUGGCCCCUGAGCUGCUAACCAAAACUCCAUACAGGACAUCAGUGGACUGGUGGGCUCUGGGCUGCAGCAUCUAUGAGAUGGUGGCCGGCUACACACCUUUCAAAGGCCCGGAGAGCAAAAAGGAGAAGGUGGAGAAGGAGGAGGUGCAGCGCCGCAUUCAAAAUGAGGAACCAAAGUGGGAGCACAAGUGCUUCGAUGCUGCAACCAAGGACAUCAUCCAGCAGUUCCUCAAGAAGAAAAUUGAGGAGCGCCUGGGCAUCAAAAACAACUUGGAGGAUCCCAGGAAACACGACUGGUUCAAGAAAAUCAACUUCCCCCGUCUGGAGGCCGGGCUGGUGGAACCUCCCUGGGUCCCCAAACCCAACGUCGUCUACGCCAAGGACACCGACGACAUCGCCGAGUUCUCAGAGAUCAAGGGCAUUGAGUUCGAUGCCAAUGACAAUAAAUUCUUCGUGGAGUUCAGCACAGGUGCUGUGCCCAUUCAGUGGCAGCAAGAGAUGAUUGAGACUGGACUGUUUGACGAGCUCAACGAUCCCAACAGGAAGGAUGGCGGAGGAGAUCCGGAUGGAGAUAAAAAGUCUGGCACGUGUAUAUUGCUGUGAGAAGUCACUGUUUGGUAGGAUUUACCAGUAAUAAUACUCAAUAAAUUGUUUUUGUUUUUCAAUCAGAUGCACACCCAUGUUGAUUUUGACGAGCGUCUUUGUUAAAAAAGAUGAACCAUUCUUCUCUUUUUAACGAUGCUCAGGGAGACGCACUGCUUUUGAGACGCGUUUGGGUAAAAAAUGGACGAUGUAAUGAUGUAUUUUGAGCAUCAUCUUUCAGGUUCACAUCUUCUCUUCUCUUUUUUAGAUCAAUAUUUAUUGAUCUAGACAUGAGACCACGUUGACUGCUAGGAGUCAUUUGUACAACCUUUACAUUGGUGUUAAAAUAGCAAGUUAAAGGCCUUUGUGCCGUAAAUACUAUGAUUAGAGAAAACUGUUGAAAUUCAAACUUUAUGAGAAAUACACUUUAAACAGUGUUUUGCAGUAGAAAAACCCGCUAAAGUAUUGUGUGGCAUCUAAUAUUAAGCUUUAUACCAAUUGGAACAAACAUGUAGAAUAAUAUUAUGGUAUCUUUUAAUAGUGUAAAUGUUACAACAUUUCAUAGCACUUCCCCUGCUGUGCGCUUUAUUGAUGCCAUCAUACAGUCACAUUGGUUCUUAUUGAUUGAGCACAUGAGCACAGGGUUAGUUUUAGGGUUUAAUAUUAUAUUUUGUAAUCCUAAACCUCUUAAUUAAGGUUGAUUGCUGCCUUGCCAUCCAGGUGGUUACUUCCUGAACAAAAUUUCAGUUUCAUAAAAAAGCAACUGCAUUUAUUGUAUACAAAGAAAGGCAUCUAUCUUUCUAUGUGCAUGAGGUGUCUAAAACCUUUGACCGAAAUUUGAAAGAACACGAUACUGAACACCUCCUCACUGAGUCCCUCGACUGUUGGUGCUAUGAGGCCUCACGUAGUGAGGCUGUUGAGCCCUUGGAUACAGAGAGAGAUGGGAGUGCAGCAGCACAUUGCUGCAUAUGAAGGAGGAGAAUUUGGAGGAGUUGGACAACACAUUCCUGUCCCAGGCAUGUGCAGGUUGUCCUGUAAAUGGCCCUGAAACACUGUGAUACUUCAGGGUGCUUUUUUUUAGUUUGUGAUGAGUGUGAAUCACACAAACUAGACAGAUCCUCAAAGAGUCCACCGCUGUGGUCAUGAAGCUGGGUUUACAGACUUGGGAUAGUUCAAAAGAAAAUUGUAAUUGCUGUUUACUUGUCUCAGGGUAAUUAUUUGCUUUAAGUUUUAAAAUACCAAAAUCUUGGGGUGAGUUUCCAGUGUUAAUAAUAUAUAUAUAUAUAUAUGAUCCAUGUACUUGUAAAUAUAACAUAUGAGGAAUUGCUACUAGAC